AUGCUAGUUAUUAUGAUUAAAAUUUUAAAACUUAUCAUGGCAAGUAAUAAUCAUGAUGAUUAUCUGAUGACUAGAAAUAUAAGAGAACAAAUUAUUUCUUUAGUUUGCAAAAAAGUUAAAGAUAAAGAUUUUAUUGCCCUUGAAAAUGCUAUUAAAGAUUUAUACGCUUAUGUUACAAACGAAGAUGUUGUUAUUAACAAUAUAAACAUUAUGAUUUGUCAUGUUUAUGAGAAUUGCAAAACCAAUCAUAAUUAUACUUAUACCGUCAAUAACUCGGAUAUAGAUGAUCCAAAUUUAUUCAAUAUUUUCAAUUUUUUUAAAAGUUUCAAUGUUGAAAGAGUUUUUUUAAGCAGUGGUUCCAAUUUUUUUAAUAUUUGUACAACUUUAAAUAGUCCACUUAUUUUAACUGACCUUUUGAAUCGACUUUCUGAACGAAAUGAAGGUCCAAAGUUUUUUUACGAAACACAUUAUUUUGAUCAUAUAUGUUUUCAUAAAAACAAACGAUGUAUUGAUCCAUAUUGCGAUCUUAUUGCAGCGGAUAAUUGGAAUCCUAGAAAAUUUGAUUUUCGUAUUACAAACGAUAAUAAAGCAGGAUAUAUGUUUUUAAUUGAUUCAGAACAGCUUGAUUGUUGUGAUUUUAUAAAAAAAAAGAUAAAAUUAUUGUAUAAGGACAACUGGGAACCAGUUUAUAAUUUUUUGAUCAACUUUGACUAUGCUAAAUCUUUGUAUUAUAAUAAUUUUAUUUUUAAAAUAAAAUGUUAUUUCUCAUUAGAAAAUGAAUUUUAUUUUAAGGAUGAAAAUUUUUUUACGAUUACUGAAAAAAAUAUAGUAUUUCAUGAAAAAAUAAUCAAUAAGUUUGAUGUAAACGAAGUUUUCGUUACGAAUACCAUAAAAAGUUUAUUCUUUCAAGAAAAAAUUAUCUAUAAGGUUGAUGUAACGAAGCAGGUGAUAUUCAUAUAG